AUGUAUCCUCACGUCCCUGCAACAAACUUCGAGCUGUUCAGCUCGUCGCCUAAGGACCUGUCCGUGUACGUGAGCGAUCGCUUCCCUACCCGUGACUGGACGCUCGUUGGACAGUUCACGGCGCGGGACGAGCGCGACGUGCAGAGCUUCGUACUCGAGCCACGGCUCUUCGGUAAAUAUAUCAAGGUCGAGCUUCAGUCGCACUACGGUUCCGAGCACUUUUGCCCGAUCAGCUUGUUUCGGGCCUACGGGACGAGCGAGUUCGAGGUUUUGGAGACGGAAACCGAAUCCGACACCCAGACUGACAACAGACGAGCCGAGCUGGCAUCUGGAGGUGAUACUAAUGAUGACGGCAGCGCGGAGGGCGAGGACGCCGAGGAUGUCGCGUACGUGGACGAAGAGCAAUCCGCGAGCGUAUCCUCCAAUCCUCUGUUUGCCGCGUUGCGGUUGCUUCGCAAGGGUGCCGAAAUCCUCAUCAGAAGUACGGACUUUCGGCCCACCGUGAAUAAUAUCACCAAGAUCCAGGAGAGCAUCAGCGGGGACGUGCUCCAAGACGCGAGCCUCAACGAUUGUGGCACGCCCAUGUACGACAUAGCUUGCCGUGGGUGCGACGACAAACGUUUCGGUCGCGUGUUUCAGUUGAUUAGCUGCAAGAGACACUAUCUCGAAUCGCUGAUCAGCUUGCCGUUUAUUCGGGAAACCCUCGCCAAGAGCCGCUUGUGCGAAAGUGAUUCUGGGACCGACGUGCUCUACGUGAACGAAGCUUGCGUCGACGAAACCAAGAUCCGGAAGAUCAAGGAUUCCGCAAAGUACUAUUUCCGAGCGCGCUUCCUGUCCUCCGUCUUCACGCCGGACUACAUAAUAGCCUUGUGCAACAUACUGGCGGCACGCGAGCAGCGUCUCUUCGCCAAUACGAGUCACCAAGAGCCGCAACUUACUGAUUACACGCCCAACAGGACGCGUAGCGAACAGACUGUCCCGGUGCCCGUUGCUUCGAGCCCCGGCAAGGUCGACCGAGAAGUUGUGAAGCCGACGAGUACAGCUACCGAGCCUCCAACGAGCUCCGGAGACAAGCUCACCGAUUCCGGUUUGCUCAAGUCGAAACUGGAUUCCCUGCCGACUGGAAGUAUUAACCUUAGCGAGAGCCUCGUCACCCAGAUCAAGCCUACCAAAACGACGCUUACAACCGAAGAAGCAAAAGUACCCUCGUUCGUCCCGAAUCUCGAGUCAAGUAUGAACCAAGUGCUGGAGGACAGCAGCGUGCACAAAAUAGAAACGCCGCCGACGACGGAGCCAUCGGAACCCGUCACUACUAAAAGUUCUUCCACGCUAAAGUCUCGAGAGGAAUCGCAAGAAUCAGUAUCUUCGCAACGCAGAGAAGUCCCAUCGCUAUCCUCCGCAGCGUCAUCCUCGAAAGUAGCGCCUAGCUCUACGGACAGAUCAAAAUCAUCGAGCGAAAAAACUGACACUGGCUCUAAAACAGAAUCGAAACAUGAUGAGACGGAGGUGAAACAAAAAGUCGAGCCCGAAAAAGUAAAAGAAAAGGUGGACCCAGAGCCAGCAAAACCAGUGUCCCCAGAGCAGGUCAACUUUGAAGGCUUCGAUUUGAAGGAUCUCGAAGUGGAAGGUGCUCAGAGUAACGGCAAUGCCAAUAAAAACGAUGCCUUGACUGGACAGCAAUCUACUGCCAACGUUGGCACGCCACAGCAGAAAGAGUCCGUGUUUCAAAGACUCUCGAAUAGAAUCAAGACGUUGGAGCGUAACAUGUCGCUGAGCAGUCAGUACCUCGAAGAGCUGAGUCGUCGCUACAAAAAGCAAGUCGAAGAGAUGCAACGUAGCUUAGAACGCGCGAUGACAGCUAUGAACGAGGAGUCCCGCAAAGGCGAAGAGCGCCAUACCAAGCGUCUCGAGGAAGUCGCGACCCUGCGUGGUGAAAUAACCGUUCUAACUAAGCUUCUUGACGAACUCAUCAGCGAGCGCAACAGCUGGUGGCGGAUCUUUGAUAUAUCGGCCCUCACCCAGCACGGACUCUUCGUUCUAGUCGAGGUCGUUCUAGUUAUUCUUAUAAUAUCGUACUGUAGACGAGUGGACGAUGAUGCGGAUUACGUGGAUGAAAAAGAUGAAGGCAGAGCUGUCCGAACGCUCAACCGGCAAGGAAAGACUUACGAGAUUAUCAAACAAAAGUGCAACCAGCUGACUAGAAAGACAAAGAAACGUAGGCCUAGCGAGAUCGCGUCACAGGUUAAGGGAACGUACGAUCAGCUUAUGAUCGAAAACACGGCGAGUGCAUCUAAAAAUAGCAAAAAAAAGAAACGCAAAAAGGAUCUAGCUGUAUUGCGAACGGCGUCUGUCAAGGAAACUAGUAGCGGCAGUCGAGCGAAUUUAAAUGUACCACUGCACUCGAGAAGCGCUUCAGCCAGUGACGCCAUUAGCUCUAUGGAAAACAAUCGGCGUAAAGAUGUCCUUGCGAAUUUAGAAUUGGAAAGACAGGACAGACCCGAGUCGGCGCCUGACAAUAUUAUUAAAUAUUUCGAUGAGAGUCAGCAGCAACAGUCAUUAGUUCAUAAGAAGGUAAAGAUUCUUGCCAUACAUGAGGGUGAUGAUGUUUCGAUGAAGAGUACUGAGUCGAGGAGUCUCAAGGACUCGAAUGCGACGUCUACCCUCGAAGAAGGAGCCGUUAAACCGGAAUCUAGUAUGUACAGUAGUUUGCGUAAAAAAUUAUCAUCACCAUCGUUCAUGAAAACAGCCUUGGGUACGAGAAACAAAAGAAUGGCUCUGACGGGCAGUAGUAGCGGUAAAAAAGUAUCCCUAAGUCUCGACGAGAACGCAAUAAAGCCGUUAGAGAGGCGGUCCGAUGAAAAAAAGGACUCGCUUUCGGUACUUGAAAUAACAAACGGUGCGAUGGAUGAUUCCGUAAGGACGACAAAUGGACUCAUGGAGGAAAGUGACGAAUCGAGAAGUAGCUGUGCUACACCGACGAAUAAAAAGAAGCGAACUAGUGGCAUAAAAAGAAUGAAACGACAACCAACAAGCUAAAUCGCCAAAAUUUAAUAAGACAAUAUUAAUAUAUAAUCAACGGCAAAAGCUGGUCCAUGCAUUUUAUCUAUUUAUAUGGUUGAAAAGUAAUGUGGAGCAAGUGGGAAUUUUUUAAAAUUACAUAGCACCAAAAUAGGUGGACGUUAGUAACUCAUGUUGACGAUUGGAAUGGAAUGAGCAUUGAUGAUUUAUGCAGUGUAUGUACUUUAUCAUAAAGUUGUAUAAAAGAGAGUUAAUUUCUCAUAGAUUCUGUAAAAUUUUACAUGUCAGUCAGGUCAGACGCAUUCUGUGAUAAAUCACAUAAAUUAAGAAGGCACAACAAACGAGGCUCGAUCACAACGGCGUUACUAAAUACAAUCAAGAUAUUUAUUUCUUGAUUCUUGAUUGCUUGCAUUUACAGAUUGAUAAAUUAGUCAUACUAAUUUAGUUAGUUAUUAAAAGAGUUUUAAAUGGUCUUUUAGUUAAGUAAAUAGGUAAAGCAAAUAGUCAUUUGAGUUUGAGUGAAGCAAUUUUGCUUCCUAUGAUUAAGUAUAAAGUUUCUUGAAUUAUUGCGUCUACAAAAAUGUUUUUACUCUAAAUGCUUGAUUCAUAACACCCUUUUUUUCACUCAAGCGCAAAGACUGACUAUUAAUUUAUAUGCAUAUUUAUGUUUAAUUAAUAUCUUAUAUAUUUUUCUAGGUAUAGAAACCAUAGGGUUUAUUCGUUAAUUUAAAUUUAUAUUUUUAUAAAUACAUAUAUUCUAAAAUAAAGAUCAGCAGGUACUUUAUUUAUCUGAUCUUGAAAAGAGAAUUUUUCGUAAUAAAAUACUAGCGUUAAAAAGUUUUAAUUAAAUAAAAAAUCAUUACGUUACUGAAAAUAUGCGCACAUCGUAUAUUACUUCGUUGUAAGGCAGUUAAGAUUGUAACAAACUAUAUGCCAAAUUAAGUUUCUGAUUAUAGAAACUGAUCGUAUAACUUGGAAUUAACACAACUAAUUACCUUCUUUUUUUCAGACUGUUUUGUUUUCCAUUUGUGUAAAUUUUUUAUUAUAGAAUCGACAAGAUAUUGAAUAUCUACUUUGGUAAUUGGCUGUGUAAAUUCUUAGUUAAUAGUUUAAAACUAGUUUCGUAAGUGCACGUCGUUGAUCGCGUAUAUGGUUUUCAAAUAUAGUGUGAUACAAUGAUUAGGAGUAUGCAAAAGUCUUAUUAUAAAUAAGUAAAUAAAACUGUAAUAUUGUAAAAUUAAAACGACCUAUUUUCUCUUUGGUUUACUUGAAAGCGGGUUUGAUCACAUCACCUGUUUGUAUUUCAGUUACAAUCUAUCUUUGCGACAAGUAGAUAUGACUUCAUUAAAAUUAAAAAGUUUUGGUUUUUUCAACUAUGUUCAUAGUGUUAUGUAUAGUGAGUAAAAAAUCGUGAAAAACAGUAUUGACACAACAAACGAUGUGAAUGGGGUUGAUUUUUAAAAAAGCAAUUAUUAACCUCCUUUUUUGUCAUUUUUUGAUGAUAAGCGAUUGAUGAAACCUGUUUAUAAUGUUAUUAUUAUUGAUUUUGUAAGAAAGAUUUGCUCCAGUGAAUGUUGUUUUUGAAUAAAACUUUUUCGAGCGUA